UUUCCUGGUGCAAUGGCUCAGCUGCAUAUGUCCGUUGGCAUAUUGGGUAUCUCUGGUGGUUCUCUUCUGCUUUUGGUAAACAACUAUGGCAGCUCUCCUCAAAAAGAUUUCAUCCCCCAAACUGCCCUGGGGGUUCUACUCCUCACGGUGGCCGCCAUUGUAGCUUACGCAGGUGUGUGUCGGAGCCGGGAUAGGCUGCAGUUGUUCUCUUCCUUGUGUUUGACGAUCUCGGCCCUGUGGUGCGCCUCCAGUCUGAUCUACAUCCUGACAGGACAGGGGGUGCUUGAGCCCAAAGACCUGAGGUCCUCACUGGUCCCUGGCUUGGCCGCAUUUUCCUUGGCCCUAGUUGUCAUCGCCAGUGUCGCUCUGCUAGUCCGACAAGUGCUUUUGUUUGUUAUUGCCAUCAGCAUCAGCUUAGCUUGCGCCCAUCAAAUCGCCAGCCUGUCGGCCGAAGGUUUCAGCAAGGUUGCCACAGCAGCAAAUUACCUUCUGGUCUGUCUUGCGGGUGCUUACUUUGGUUCAGGGCGUCUGUUGAGCACUAUCACGCAAGGGAAAGUGGAACUUCCAGGGACGGGCUUGAAGCCAAAAGCCGAGUUGAAGACGGAGACACGGCGCGGGUGUGACGACGUGAUGUCAGUGGGCGUGGUGAUGAACUUGCUGUCGGCCUCGGUGGUGGCCAGUCCUCUGCUGGGCGUGGUCCCUCGACUAUCUGUUGGUCACGUCCCCUGGCUGUGGACAGCUGGCGCAUUCCAGCUUGCCACAUGUCUCAUCUUCUACCGAGCCUUGGAGCCACUCUCGGCUACGUUUUAUGGUUUGACAGCAGUGCUGAAGUUGGGCGAGGGCUACAGUGGUCUCCUAUCGUUCUACUCCGUCGAGCCGCACUCUCCCGUGCCCUUCCCAAUCGUCUUCUCCGUGCUUUUCUUCAUCCUGACUCUGUUCAGCUGUCAGAAGAGCCUGCUGGAAGCCCUCUACCAUCUGUUAUUUGUUGCUUAUUGUAUCGCAAUCGCUUCUCAACCUCAAGGCUUCUUCCACAAAGGGAGUCAGGGUGCACAAGCGGUUAUAUUUAUGGGCUCUGCUUGUAUGCUUUUUGUCAUAACCUACAACAUGGUGUCCACUAAAAUGAUCCCUACAGGGCAGGGCCUUUUUGAAGCCUUAGUAACCAGGAUGAGGGGCUUCACUGUUCGACCUCAUAACAAGGAGCUCCACGCACCUCUCUUAGGGUACUCCAAAUAUGCAGAUGCAGAGGUGUUGGGCCAUGCGUGUAACGUGUUGGCUACGUUUGCUAUAACAACUACAGUUGGAGAUGAGGCGGUGUUGUCCGUGCUGGUUCUCCCCUGGGUGGUGGUCGCCGGCGGGGUCCUGCAGCUGCUCUGCGGAUCGCUCGCUUUCUCCAGAGGAAAGACCUUCGAGAGCACCGUGUUUAUCCUCUACGGCGUGAUGUGGACGCUGUGGGGCUUGACACGAUACGGAGGGUUGUACGCCGGCGUGAAAGGUUUUAACGUAGCCGUCGGCAUCAUCGGUUUCUUGAUGUUCAACACUUUGGUGACGGCCGCAGCGCUGUUUGUAAAUGCCGGAUGGUUUGUGUACGCGCUCACCUUUCAGCUUAUCAUCAUCAGUUUCCUGUUGGAUGCACUCGAUGCGCUACCUUACGGAUAUGACAUUGGCGUCACCGUUAUCUUUGGCCUGGUCAGUUUUUAUUGUUUUGCGGCUCACCUUUUCAACAGCACCUUCCAGUCCCCUCAGAUUCCCUUUGGCACGCCUUUAAUAAAGCUGAGUGGGCUUGGGGGAGGGUCUCAUGUCUGCCCGCAUAUGCCAGCUCGAAAGGCCACAUCACUUCAACGAAUUGCAGACAUCAUGAGGAAUGGUGGAAUAUGCGGCAUUCCUACCGACACGGUCUAUGUGCUGGUGGCAGCUUGCGACAGGCCUGAUGCAGUCGUCAAAGCGUACAAGGUGAAGAAGCAGGCACAGGACCGACCCAUGUCCCUGUGGCUGUCCUCCAUCAAGCAGCUUGACCCAGUCCGACACCUGCUGAGUCCGCUGCUCCUUGACUUCAUGGAGGCUGCUUGGCCAUCUUCUAUCAGCAUGGUUAUACCAAGAGGCGCAUGGAUGGACACCUUUGGUUUAGGAGACGCUGCCAAACACAUCGGGACUCCCCAUAGCAUUGCUAUCAGGAACCCAGACUGUUCUGUGGCCACACACCUUAUAGAUCUAGUAGGUCCUGUUGCUGUGACCUCAGCCAACCCUACAGGAGAGGCUGACACGACCCACCACAACCAAGUUUAUGCCAAGCUGGGGGAUAAGGUGGACGGAGUUUUAUGUGAUGGACCAUCACCAGAAAACAUUGCAUCCACCGUGGUAGAUUGCACUAACAUUGAAUCAGGGCAAAUUGGUUUCUUCAGAGUGGGUCUUAUACCAAAAUCCAAGGUUCUUCAAAUUUUUAAAGAAGUUCAGACACAGCACAGGAGAGGACAGAGCAAUCCAGUGUUUGAAGGAGAUCAACCGCAAAGUGAGAUGGAGACGUCUUCAACAGAAGAGAGCGGCAGAGUCUGAAAAGUCAUCAACUUCAGUCUCAAGGGGACAGUCUGUUAAAAUUCCACUUCCAGAAAUAUGUUCCCAACAAUUGAUUCAAUGAAUUCACAAGCUUGAAGUAAAACAUUGCAUCAGGCGUGCAGGUUUUGUUCCUGUCUGGGUUGUUUUUCAUAAUAGUUUUUUUUUUUUAAUUCAGCAAGUUGUGGGGCCCAUGGUGGUUUCACUGGGGCAUUUGAAUGGACAUUCAUACUCACCCACCAUGUUAAUUUAUUAAUUUUAAUUACUUUGUGAAUAUGUUUCUGAACACGUUAUAUGCCGUUAUAUGCAAAUAGUACUGUAGGGUAUCGGUGGCGAAUAUUUGGGGAUUUCAAUAAGGCACCUGGGUCAACUACGGGGGGUCGUCAUUACCCGGAAGCAGUUGACAGAGAGCGGGAGUUUCGCCGUUACUUGACUGUAACUGCCGCUGUUGUGUGUGUUUCAGGCGAGUAAAGCUGUUGAAAAGAUGAUUAUCAGAAUUUGUAAUACUGC